AUGCCCCGGCCGUCUCUUACAAGCUCGUUCUCCGUCUCGGACGCCACCAACGAGGUCGUCUGUCCGCUAGCAAACAACGAUGGCUCGAACUGCCGCAAGCGAUGUCUAGGGGAGAAGCGGUACCGCUCAAUGCAGGAGCACAUCCGGCGGGCUCACCCGAACCACUACAUACCAAAGCUGCCAGCUACCGAGGAGAGCUUCCAGCUCAUGGUCAACACGCCACCGCAGCAGCCACCACAGCAGCAGCAGCGCCAGCAGCACCAACAGCACCAGCUUCAGCAGCAGCAGCAGCAGCAGCAGCUCCAGGCCAGAGAGAAGGAUGUCGAGCAUCCAGCAGCUACUACGGCUGCGGUGGCGUUGGCGCAGCUGCAGCAGCACCAUCGUCUCGACUGGGACUCAGAGCCGGUAUUGUCCUGUCCCUCUCUCUGGUCGGUCGAGCUGCCGCCCAUCCGUGACUUGAGGGAUUCCUUUCAUCCACGGCAGCGAGAGCUGCUGCCGUCCAUUCUGCAUCCGCAUCAUACCCACUCUCCGCCAGGCCGCUCGUCGACUCUGCCACCCAUCAACCGCAACCAGAAGAUCCAACGGUCUCGGAAAGGGUCGCUUACGCACUCGCAUUCGGCCCGUAAGGCCAAGCACGACCGCAACCGCUCCAAGGACUUUAAGGACUUUAGAGACAUCACCCGUCGCCGGUCGCUCAACGAGCGCAAAGCUCUCUCCGCCGAGCCGCAGACGGCCGCCGCCUGGGUCCAGGGCAAGCGAUGGGAGGACCUGAUCGAAGCUGCCACCUCGGCCACGGAAGUUGACGAUCGAGACAUCACCCCGGUGCCCCAGUCGCCUCCCCCAACCUCGUCGUCUUCGUUCCAGCCUCACUCCCCGUCGCUUAAUUCACUGGCAAACAUCAAGCAUCGCUCGUCGGUUCCCCCAGCGUUUCAGUCGCCGCCAACCUCCAACCAAAACUCCACCUCCAUCACCUCUCAGCCAGCUGCCGCCACCUCUCACCCGCUCCAGCCAACACCGUACACCGCUUCCCCGUUGCAAAAGUCACAGACUCCACCACCUUUUCACCGCGAUCGAGACACUGACCUCGAGCCGUUCCCCUCUAUUGAGUCGAGCAUGGAUGUCACCAAGCCUUAUCUUUCCCCUCCCAGGCCGGUCACCUCUUACCCACAGCAGCAGCACAACAUCUACCCGCACCCACACUCUCAUGCUCACCACCCGCUCCACCCGCUCCAUCCACGCCACCGUCUCUCAAACCCGGCUCCUUUCACCUCCACCUCCGCCUCGAGCUCGACCUCCAACGUCUCCAUCUCUAGGGACAAGGAUCUGCACAUCCACAUCUACUGCGCAUCUUGCUCCCGUCCAAAAGCUAUCCGGGACUGCUUCGCCUGCACAGAAUGCAUCUGUGGCGUCUGCAGAGACUGUGUUCCUGCCCUAUCUCUCUCCAUGCAUUCCUCUGCAGGUUCUCCUCCGUCUUCUUCCUCCACUGUCGGUGCAAUGGGUAUUUCCGUUCUCAACCUUGGUCCCACUAGCAGCCCUCGAUCCGGAGGUAGCUCUGCCGUAAACAGGCUGGCGCGCAGCAACAGCACCAACACGACAAUGUCCAACCACUCGAGCAUUCACGCCAAUGGCAAGCAUGACGGUAGACAGGGCCACGGAUGUCCCAGGUGCGGCGUCGUAGGCGGCAAGUGGAGAGCUUUCCAGCUAGAUUUCCGAUGA